AAGGAUGAGAGGAUAGUUGAUACUGCCUCUCGUCGUCUAGUCCUCAUGCUUACGGCGUUUCUGGCCCCUGAAUUCGUGGUCGGAUGGGCCGCAUGGCAGUUUUUAAAUGCUCGCCGAGUUGCGAAAGCCUUCAAUGAUGAACUUCGUGUGCAACCAGCCCAGCCCUACUGCUACCGUCGAGCCAUAUGGCAGAAGCUGGUAGUUAUGUUACUUGGUGGAAGUAGAAGUUUAAGUGAUGGAUGGACAGAGACGCAUGGGUUCUUUGCCUGGAUGGGUGGAUUCAUGCUCUACGUCGAUGGUGGGCCGCGGGGCAUUCUUACGCCCGAUGAACUCCUGCAAUUUGUUCGUGACGGAUGCGUGGAGAUGCCUGCCAUCACAGAAGCAGAUAUAAAAGAUCGAAGCAAGGGCGAUAUGCUAUCCAAAUGGGUCGCCAUUCUUCAGCUAGUGUGGUUCGUCAUCCAGCUCAUCGCCCGUUACAUCCAGAACCUCCCGGUAACACUGCUCGAAAUCGACACCCUGGGUGUAGCUGCUUUGACCUGCAUUUCGUAUGGUUUUUGGUUAAAUAAACCGAAGGACGUACGGCUUCCUUAUAUUGUUCAUUGGAAGGACCCAACUGCUCCUCCGCUGCCUGACAGCUUAGACAGCGACAAAGAACAUGGCACAUUGUCAAUCCUUCGGCUACUAUUCAACUACGGGACCGAACUGACUGGUGGCCUGACUCCGGACAAGAUCACAAUCAUCAUUGGAUGCAUCAGUGGGAUGGCGUUUGGAGUGAUACAUUGCCUGGGCUGGAAUUUUUUGUUCCCAAGACACGCAGAGCAGAUAUUGUGGCGUGUGGCUUCCAUUGGGAUACCAUUUACAUUUUCAGGAAUUCAACUCCCUAUGCUUUUAAAUGUUCUGGACGGGUGGAUAUCUUUCAGACCCCCAUUCUCGCGGGUUAAUACUCCAAUUUCAGGGUACAUCGCGGUCUAUUACAUUCCUGCACGUGUUUCGAUAAUUGUACUUAUGAUGCUGAGUUUACGAUCACUUCCUCCUGGCACAUACGACACAGUAGCUUGGUCCAAGUUUAUUCCACAUGUAACUAUGUAGUUUCAUUACAAUCGCUGUAA